AUGGCCGAGCCUAACUCCGUACCUCCUCCGAGCCUGCUCGUACUCCUCCUCCUCAACAUACUCUUGUUAUGCUCACUAUCUCCACCCGCAAAGUCGCAAGAGUACUGUUUCACCGAAACCUUCACUCCAAACAGCACCUACUCGGCCAACCGUGAAGCCCUCUUCUCCUCCACGCCGGCCACCAUCCCCGCCAGCGGCUUCCUCAAUGCCACCACCGGAGAAGCUCCCGACCAAGUCAACACCGUCUUCCUCUGCAGAGGAGAUGUUAGCCUCACCGCCUGUCGCCAAUGCGCCAACGAAUCCGCUCGUUACCUCGCCCAGAGGUGUCCCUACAGCAGGGAUGGGCUAUUCUACAACGAGACGUGCUUAAUCCGGUACGCGGAUACACCGUUACUCGGGGUUCUUGUAACGGAGCCCCUCAGCGUGUGGCCUAGCACGAUUAUGGUGAGGAGCCCAGUAGAGAACGAACGAGAAAGACGAGCUUUGCUGGAGAGUUUGACGGAACACGCGGCGAACGGCGGGUCGGCACAGAAAGUGGCGGCCGGGAAUAGGAUGACGGCACAAGGGGAUAGGGUGUAUGCGCUGGUGCAGUGCACCCCGGAUAUAUCGGCGAGUGACUGCACGGACUGUUUGACUCAGUCGAUGAAUCGUAUUCCGGCGUGUUGUCGUGAGUUGAUUGGGUCGAGGAUUUUGAGACCAAGCUGUACCAUUCGGUUUGAAGACUAUCAGUUUUUUAGUGCUUCCAUGGUUCAAGUUCCACAGGAGCCCCUGCCACCUGGUUCAGAGUUAAUUACAGGAAAAAAUCGAACUGCUAUCAUUGUUGGCGCAACAGUUUCAGGCGUCGUGUUCGUGAUACUUGUUGUUUAUGUUGCGUUCCUAUUUAGGAAGAGGAGGCUUACAAUGAAAUGGAAGAGAAAGACUGAGAAUGACGGCGACAUUAGCACGAUUAAAUCCCUGCAGUAUGAUUUCCACGGAGUUAGAGCCGCGACUAAUGAUUUCUCGGAUAAUAACAAGCUAGGUCAGGGUGGAUUCGGGGCGGUUUAUAAGGGUGAACUUCCGGACGGCCAACAAAUAGCCGUCAAAAGACUGUCCAAAGAUUCCCGACAAGGCAAGACCGAGUUCCAGAAUGAGGUCUUGUUAAUGUCAAGGCUUCAGCAUAAGAAUCUAGUAAGGCUCCUUGGUUUCUCAGUAGAAGGAACCGAAAGGCUUCUUAUAUAUGAAUUCGCCGAGAACUCGAGCCUGGACCAGUUCAUAUCUGAUCCCGUUAGACGCUCCUACUUGGAUUGGAGUAUGUGUGACAAGAUCAUAAGGGGCAUCGCGAGGGGACUAUUGUACUUGCACGAAGAUUCUCGACUCAAGAUCAUUCAUCGUGAUCUCAAGCCAAGCAAUGUGCUUCUGGAUGGCGAUAUGUACCCUAAAAUUGCAGAUUUCGGCAUGGCACGAUUAUUUGGACAAGAUGAAACUCAAGGAAGUACAAGCAUAAUUGUCGGAACAUAUGGAUAUAUGCCGCCUGAAUACGUAAUGCACGGGCAUUUCUCUGUUAAGACGGAUGUCUUUAGCUUCGGAGUGCUUGUGCUGGAAAUCAUGUCUGGUCACAGAAAUGGUUUUGUCGACUCGGGAGACUACAGUGACGGCCUACUGAGUGCCACAUGGAAAAAUUGGUGCCGAGGCACGGUUGAAAAAGUUGUAGAUCCUGCUCUGAAGGCUGGGCCGGGCCAGCUGAACGACAUGUUGAGGUGUAUCCAGAUCGGGCUGUUGUGUGUCCAGGAAAACCCGGCCGACAGGCCCACGAUGGCUUCCAUUGUUCUCAUGCUCAGCAGCACCACUAUGGCUCUGCCUGCUGCCUCAGAGCCUGCAUUUCACUUGGUCAGCCGAUUUGUUCCGAGUGGGUCUGAUCUGGUGGGCUCAGGAUCUACUGGGCUGUCUCAGAAUACUAUGUCCGUGACCGAGUUAGACGCGAGGUGA